AUGGACGAGACUUCGCUCCCAUCGGCGGCAAUCAUGACAGUAAACGGUCAUAGAGGACAAAAUGGCACCGUGUCUUCUCCCACCUCCCGCAAGGAAGAGGAGGAGGGGGUGCUGCAGGUGGAGACAGAUGAUGUGGUGGUGGUGGUGGUGGCGAAAAAAGAGGGCGAAAUUGCCAGCAGUGACGCAGGCGUUAACGCGCCAGAGCCCAUGGAAGCAAAGAGUCUCUCAAACGGCUCCCCCGCAGGGACUGAGACGAAGGAGGUUGCGGAGGGACCACACACUCCGCCUGCGGUAGCACCCCGAGAAACCACACCCGCCAAGGAAGAAACCGCCGACAGGCGUACGGGUGGGGACGACAUCACCUCAUUUGCGAAUGCUGAGACAUCUUCACAGCCCCAGCCACGUACGGGAGAGGAUGCCAUUAGUGAAGAGGGGAAGGCCGCAGCGACGAAAGAAGGCGAAGUAAAGCGGCGACCCGCCAUGGUGGGUGUGACGGCACAUCGUGUCUUCACGGAGGAGGAACUUGCAGCAUACAUGGAGAAACAACGGCAACGGGAGCGAGAAAAGGAGGAGGUGCGACACACGAAAUCCAGGCGAACCUCGGGUAACGGUGGCUCACGAUCCAGAGGGUCUAGAGGCAAUGCAUCUUCUAUGCGAAUUCCUCCCAUCGAUGCCAACGCCAUACAUUUACCACAGCUGCCGCACGCACCCCAGCAGUUCUUCACAGCACCAACCGCAGCGGCUCCUUCCCUAUCAGCUGGCGCAGCUGCGCACCCUUUGGCAUAUCAGUUUGCCUACGCGGGGGCUUCUGUGCCUCCAGCAGGUGUGGAGUUGACAAUUCCUCCUUAUUCUAACCCUUUUGCCGCAAAUAAUGCGCCCCCCUUUAAUGACAGGCUGCGUGUGCCACUGCUGCCGCAGCAGCAACCACAACAACAGCAACAACCAUUCCAGCAGCCACCAGCACUCUGUGCACCGUGGGGAAUCCAGCUGCCGUCGCAGCCUCCAUUUAUGGGGCUUCCCCCGCCAUGCGCCGCCCCUGGUAUAUUUGACCCCGCGGCCGUUAUGCGCUUUGAUCAGCAGCUUCAGCAUAUGAAUGAUCUUGGUGCCCAGUUUCUGCCCUCAGCGCCGAUCCCAAAUCCGGCGCCGGGAAGCAUGACGGGGAUGAACAUGCAAGAGCUUGAGGUUCUGGCGCGACUUAUUGUGCUUGCCAGGAAUGAGCAGCAACAACAGCUACCAUUCCUUUUUUCCCAGAAACAGCAGGCCCAGCCGCCGCAGUAUUGUUACUACCCAGGUGGAAGGCAGUCGGAUAUGGAAAACGUUGUGAAUUCUUUGAAUGCUCCAAAUGCGACGCACGUUGGGGUGAAUGCCUCCCCUGCCUGUAACAAGAUGCAUGAUGGUGCUGCCGCAGUCAGCCCGACAGGGAUGUUAGAGAGAGAUCCAAGGAUAGUGGUGAUGGAGGGGAAGCACAACGGCACGGACUCAUAA